AUGCAAUGGAUAAGUGCUGUACGGGAUUACCACCUGACCAAAAAACUGCCGUUCGGAAUUAGGUUCACUGCUCCUCAUCAUUCCCGGCCAAAGUUGGCCUAUCGAUGCAUGAGCGACAUGCACACCCGGCAAUCAGAAACAGAAGCGGCUAGCAGACGCAGCCGCUCCCAGGAAGACGAAUGCUGGAGUCAGGUCAAAGAUUUGGUUAGAGGAAUAGGAGCAGAAACUACGCCAAUUAAAUCAAGUGCAUGCGGGACAAAGAUUCAUUAA